UUGGCGUUGUUAUUGAGUUUGUUAUGACAAGCCGAGGCCUCGGACUAAAUUAGGAGAGAAGCCCCUGCCUCUGUCCAGGGAAAUCCGCGAUGGAGGGCAUGGAUCUGGACCUGGACCCGGAGCUCAUGCAGAAAUUCAGCUGCAUGGGCACAACAGAUAAAGAUAUCCUAAUAUCGGAGUUCCAGAGGCUGCUGGGCUUUCAGCUGAACCCGGCUGGAUGCGCCUUCUUUCUGGACAUGACCAACUGGAAUUUGCAAGCAGCCAUUGGAGCCUACUAUGACUUUGAGAGCCCCAACAUCAAUGCACCAUGCAUGUCCUUUGUGGAGGACGUGACAAUUGGGGAAGGCGAGUCAGUUCCCCCCGAUACACCUUUCACGAAGACCUGGAGAAUACAAAACACAGGUGCAGAAUCAUGGCCUCCUGGGGUUUGUCUGAAGUAUGUUGGAGGGGAUCAGUUUGGUCACGUAAACAUGGUGAUGGUUCGGUCUCUAGAUCCCCAGGAAAUAGCUGAUGUUAGUGUGCAGAUGCAGAGCCCUGUGGCUCCCGGUAUGUACCAGGGCCAGUGGAGGAUGUGCACAGCUACUGGACUCUUUUAUGGAGAUGUCAUCUGGGUGAUCCUGAGCGUGGAGGUUGGCGGCCUCCUCGGCGUCACACAGCAGCUUUCUUCAUUUCAGGCCGAGUUCAACACCCAGCCCCACCGCAGCCUGGAGGGAGACUACAACCCCUUCGCCUCGCCACAGAAGAGCAAAUACCCCAGCGGCAAUGACAACAGUCUCCAUGAUGACAGCAGUCAUAAGGACACUGGGGAGCACUGGCAGGGCGGCCCUAACCAGUUGCAGCAAGAUCAGAAUGGACUUUCACACAAUUCUGUGAAUAUAGCAGCAAACAGUCUACAAAGCAAUCUAUCAGUAGUGACUUAUAACCAGGGUAUACAUGGGCCCUAUCCAUUCGGGCACUCUUAAAACAUGGGAACUGUCACAGUCAAGCAGCACUAUACCUCUGGGGUCAGUCACACCAAUGAGAGAAAGAAGAUGCUUUACCAGUGGCCGGUGGAGAGUCUGGAGAUGUACAAACACUUUAUGCAAAGUCCCUCUCCACUUGAGCUGCUCUCACAGAGACCAGAGGCUUGGCGACCAAUGCUCCUGACGUACAGCUCAACCAACAUCCCAUAUCCAGUGUGCAUGUGUGAAUGCUAAGUUAAAGAUGAGUGCUAUGAGACUUUUUGAGAGAUAUCUUUUUUUCUGAACCUUUGUUUGUUUGUUUUUAGGUGUCAGUGUGCAGAUGAAACAGUGGUGACAGGAGCGUGUGUAUGUGUGAAUUUGUGUACGUGUGUGUGCGCGCGC